AUGCUAUCCCCGGGUGCUAACGCUACAGGUAGCAUGGCUGACACACAUGAAGGAGGCGACCUAGCCGCCGUGCUAAGUGAGCUGCAAUCAUUACGCACGGAUAUCACUUCUAUCCACGACAAGAUGAGCGAUAUUGCCGGCUUUGGUGACAAGCUGGACAAACUAGAAGAACGUAUUUCUGACAUGAACAACGCUGUUACUGCGGUACAGGGAGGCUUUACGGCUCUGAAGCAAGAUAUUUCCGCUAAUGCUACGCGGCUCAACGAGGCGGAGGACCGCAUUGAAUCUGCGGAGGAGAGCGUGCAAAGUAUGAUCUCGGAGCUUACUGCUGCUACGAAACGUAUUGCCUAUCUGGAAACUAAAACUGAGGAUUUAGAAAACCGUGGCCGUCGGAAGAACCUGAGACUCGUGGGUCUGGCUGAGGGCACCGAAGGAACACAGUCCAUGCUAAGCUACAUUCAGCACAAGAUGCCUCUCUGGUUGGGUCUUGACCCCGCGGACACUCCAUUUACGAUUGAAAGAGCACAUCGCACGCUGGGCAGACCAAAACCAGGUCAGAAUCGAGCGGUACUAAUCAGAUUUUUACGUUUUCAAGAUCGAGAAGUGGUGUUCCUUAAAGCUAAGCAACGCACUAUCACUCACGAGGGCCAUACGAUCUUUUUUGCCCAAGAUUUUUCUGCAGAAACCAUGAAGAAACGCAGCCAGUUCAACGCGGUGAAAAAGCAGUUCGUUGAAGCUGGAUCUUUUCGGGGAUUCCAGCUACAACCAUGUAAGAUGCGGAUCUUCCACAACGGGAAGAUAGUCACUUUCUCUACACCAGAAGAAGCGGAGAACUUUCGGCAUAAGUAA